GUCAAAGGGGGAGCUCCCAGCUCUCGCUAGCGCGCGUCUGUCCCCGGGCGGUGCCAGGUGAACCCCGGCGGAGCUGAGAGGCCGAGCUGGGACUCGCCACACCCGGCACGCGGCGCGAGAGGCGGCUGCAGGUUAAGCUUCACCCUUGGCGCCCCCGUGGCUUCUCUCUGGUGUGCGCUCGCGGCGGCCAGGCGAGGGGAAGCGCUUGGCCUGAUUUGUUCAACUUCGGGGGCAUUGGCCGCGCUCUGGCCGCCCUCUCGGGUCUCCCCCCCGCGCCCCUGCCCCGUCUAGCUUCCCCAGGGCUCCGGAAGGGAAGGAGGCGUGUCCGGAGCAGGCGGGAGGGACCGGUAUAAAAGUGUUGGCGGCCCGCCGGCCCAGGCUUCACUUGCCGCCUUGCGCCGGGACGAGGAGCGCCGCGGGAAGCACGGGCCGUGGAGAGGGCGCUGCGCUCGGGCUACCCAAUGCGUGGACUAGCUGCAGCCGCUGCUCGUGCAAUAUGCUGGAGCUCCAGAACAUCUAAACGGAGUCGCCACACCGCUGCCUGGGCUGGAUCACCGCGCUGCCUUUCCUUAUGAAGAAGACACAAGUCACAGAGCUAAUACGAGGUAGAGCUGCUCUAUGAACCAGGCGGUCUGGAACCAGAGUCUGCAUUCCUAAACUCUGUGCUACACCUGAAACUGGAGGGACAGAACAUGAGUCCUUUCCAUGAAUUGACUUGGAUUAUCACUUGCAUUUAUCUUCAACUACUCCUAUUUAAUCCUCUGGUCAAAACUAAAGGGAUCUGCAGGAACCGUGUAACUGAUGAUGUGAAAGACGUUACAAAAUUGGUGGCAAAUCUUCCGAAAGACUAUAAGAUAGCCCUCAAAUAUGUCCCCGGGAUGGAUGUUUUGCCUAGUCAUUGUUGGAUAAGCGUGAUGGUGGAACAGUUGUCAGUCAGCUUAACUGAUCUUCUGGACAAGUUUUCAAAUAUUUCUGAAGGCUUGAGUAAUUACUCUAUCAUAGACAAACUUGUGAAAAUAGUGGAUGACCUUGUGGAGUGCAUGGAAGAACACUCGUUUGAGAAUGUAAAAAAAACACCUAAGAGCCCAGAACACAGGCAUUUUACCCCUGAAGAAUUCUUCAGAAUUUUUAAUAGAUCCAUUGAUGCCCUCAAGGACUUGGAGACCGUGGCAUCUAAAACUAGUGAAUGUGUGGUUUCUUCAACAUUAAGUCCUGAAAAAGAUUCCAGAGUCAGUGUCACAAAACCAUUUAUGUUACCCCCUGUUGCAGCCAGCUCCCUUAGGAAUGACAGCAGUAGCAGUAAUAGGAAGGCCUCAAACCCCAUUGGAGACUCCAACUUACAAUGGGCCGCCAUGGCAUUGCCAGCAUUCUUCUCUCUUGUAAUCGGGUUUGCUUUUGGAGCCUUAUACUGGAAGAAGAGACAACCAAAUCUCACAAGGACAGUUGAAAAUAUACAGAUUAAUGAAGAGGAUAAUGAAAUAAGUAUGUUGCAAGAAAAAGAGAGAGAGUUUCAAGAGGUGUAAUUGUGGCUUAUAUCAACACUGUUACUUUCGUAUCUUGGCGGGUAACAGUUCAUGUUUGCUUCAUAAAUGAAGCAGCUUUAAACAAAUUCAUAUUCUGUCUGGAGUGACAGACUGCAUUUUUAUCUGUUCUUGCUACCCAUGACUCUAUAUGGAUGAUUCACAAAUUGGAACAAAGUGUUUUACUGUGAAACUGGCACUGAAUUAAUCAUCUAUAAAGAAGAACUUGCAUGGAGCAGGACUCUAUUUUAAGGACCUGGGGGACUUGUGGUCUCAUUUAGAACUUGCAACUGAUGUUGGGAGAGAAAGCACGUGUCCCAGACUGCAUGCACCGUUUUGCAUGCCUCCAGAAAUGUCUAAUUGCUGAAAAGCCACAUAGCUUUAUUUUCAGUUACAACCUGCAGUUCAUAGUUAUCUUGGUCUCUGCAAGUAGAUUUCAUCCUGAAUAGUGGGGGGGGGGGUUAAUAAUUUUUCUCAAAGAGAUCUAGAAAAAAUUUUAAAAACAAAAACUCAAUAGCAUCAGCAACUCUACAUAUAGAAAGCAGUGGAAACAAAAUAAUUGGAGUAGGGUGACAUGUUAGCCUUGUAGAUGCUAAUUAAUGAUCUGGGUCUGAUCUCAGUCUCUUCUCAACAUAAACUUAUAUCCCACUAGACAAAUGGACAUGGUUAGCUGGAUCUAAUCAUGCCUGGGAGCCAGUAUUGAAUUAGAACAGUGAUGUCACCAACAAAAU